AUGGAUGAGAUUCUUGCCAAAGCCGGUUCACAGGCCGUUACAUUUGCUAUAAAAUCCGGGAUAUCAAUAGCCUCGACAUAUGCAUUGAAGACAAUAACAAACUUUGUCAUUCAGAUUCCUAAGGGUGACGCUAGAAGGAUAGAUCAAUUGAAGUUUAAAUUGGAAAGUCGCAUGGCUAUAGUUUCCAGUGCCAUUGACCUGAUAAAACUGGUAGCGGCAAGGGGGAAUACGAAUUUACAAAUCACUUUAAGAUUAACUAAGGAUUUGAAAGAGGAGAUUGACAGGUUUGAUGAGAAGAUCAACGAAAUGACGGAAAGAGUCGAGGGUUCAAGAAGUGCGAAAACGCAGAAUGAAGCUAUAAAAGCAGUGGAGAAUUAUAUCAAAGACCUGUUAUUGAGGAUAGAAGAAAUUACUCCAUUUAUCAAUCUUUCUUUAACCACAUCUGGCGCCAAUCUGAAUAGCGCACUUCCUCACCAGGUCUCACCAGGUUUGCUAUUAAAAGCCUCUGAUUUUGUUAAUGAAAGCAAUAGAAAUUAUGGAAAUGCAGUAGAACGCAAUGGAAAACAAAAGAAGGAAAAAGAAAAUUUAAAGGUUCGAGUGGGACCUACUUUUGAAGUUACGUUGUUUUCUAUUUUCUAUAAUUUGACUUCAGAGAGCAAUGGUCAGUCAGGUAUCGUUUGGAAAGAGGACAUGAAGCGAGCACGAAUCGAAGUAUAUAGGCAACAUUCUUCAGAAAAAAAGUAUGAUUAUUUCAUGAAAAUAGAACAGGAUUUCAAUGAUGGUAGAUAUCAUGAGAAUGAUGACAAGGAGGAUACCCCACAAGAACUCGCCAUAGAUUUGAAUCAUAUAAAGAAGCUGUUUUUCAGCGUUUCUGGUAAACUUCUUCGAUUAGAAGAACAGGAUUCUCCAGUGUUGGUGUUGAAGAUUGAUCGUCACGAUGACAAGGAAAAUGUGGCGGGUGAAGUGGAGAAAGGUCUUCUUGACGACAUUGCUUGGUAUGCGGUAAGUGGAUAUGAAGAAGCGGAAGAAGAAGAAGAAGAAGAAGAAGAAGAAGAAGAGGAUGAGGAAGAGAAUGAAGAGGGAGAUGGAGAGGAAGAAGAAGAGAAAGAAGAGGAAAAGAAAUCGGAGAACAAGAGUUCAUCCAUCACGUUACUGGAAUAUAUUAUCCGGUUGACGUCUUUACAAAGCAACGAUCAGACAAGUAUAUUGGAAGUUAGCGAUGAAAGAUUGUCUAUAUAUUUGAAUGAUGAAAACGCCAACUCCAGAAAAGAUGGAAUCACCGACUCUACAAUUAAAGAGACUGAACAAAAACUACAAAACUUGAAACUUUAA